AAAAAAUCUAAACAUAACCCCAAUUUUUCAUUGCAAAUGCAAAUAGAAAUAAAUAGAGCUAAUAUUAGAGAAUUAAAAUGCCUUAUAAAUUUAUAGGUAGAACCACAGAUUUUAAGGGAAAAUCUUUGUGGGAAAUAUUAGGGAACUUAAAAAAUUAUGGCAUUGGACGAAUUAUAAUCCGCAGUAAAUUAGAAAGAUAUCCAGAGAAGUCUUAUAUGAAAGUUCUAAAAGUUGAGACUUUACAGAAUCCUGAAAAACCAUCAAUGGAUAACACUAGAAAAAUUAAAGUUUGGGUAGAAGACACAUUUAGAGGGAAAACUUUUCCAGAACCUGUUCUUAUCGAAGGUAUCAGUUAUAAAACAGAUUAUAGAUUAUUACCAAAGGAUGAAGAGGAAGAAUAUUGUAAAACAUCAGCAUAUAAGUAUCAAAAGAUUCUCCCUAAAACUAUGGACUUCCCUCCACUCCUUAAAGAAAUAAUAAAAAGAAUAGCAAAGUCUAAAGGAGAAAAUGUUACAGAAGAUCCAAAGUUAAAUAUAUUUUACAAUCAAACCAGUUUACAACACAGUUAUAGAGUUGCAGAAGAAAAUGAAAAACCAACUGUAGAAAUAGUACAAAGUCUAGGUACUCCUGUAGCUCCUAGAUUGUAUGAAGGAAUAAAAUUGUAGGAAUAAUAUUAAUGUAAUUAUAAUGUUUUGUGAAUAAAUUGUUUAGUAUAGUAAUA